ACUGUCCUCACUUAAGAGACUGGGGACAGUCAGAGAAGCCUACCUUCAACUCCUGGCUGGAGCAGCUCUCAUCCCACUUCAAGCUUCAGGCACCAGAGCAUCCACAUCUGGAAGGAACACUGAGAAUCUCCUACCCUGUAGCACGGUACAACCGCACCAGCUACUUCUACCCCACCACAUUCUCCGAGAGCUCUGAGCACAGCCACCUGCUGGUGUCUCCGGUGCUGGUGGCAAGUGCUGUCAUAGGUGUGGUCAUCACCCUCUCCUGCAUCACCAUCAUUGUGGGAAGCAUCAGAAGGGACAGACAAGCCCGCAUCCAGCGACACCACCAUCGCCACCGCCGCCACCAUCACCAUCACCGCCACCAUCGGCGCCGACACCGGCACCAAGAGUACGAACAGGGCCAAGCAUCUGACGGACAUAUGCACAGCCACUCCAGUCACAGGAUGUCCUACGCCUGUAGCCCUGCUGAGGACUGGCCCCCGCCCUUGGACAUCAGCUCUGAUGGGGAUGUGGAUGUCACAGUGCUCAGGGAGCUAUACCCAGAUUCUCCACCAGGCUAUGAGGAGUGUGUGGGACCAGGGGCCACUCAGCUGUACAUCCCCACGGAUGCACCACCACCCUACUCGCUGACUGACUCCUGCCUCAUGCUGAAUGGUGCCCUCAACUCAGGCAGCGGCCACGGCCACAGCCAACAUCAGCAGGAGCAGAGGACCCAGGGCCAGAGUGGCCUCCACACUGUCUCCAUGGACACGCUGCCACCUUAUGAAGCUGUGUGUGGCGCAGGCUCCCCAUCUGACCUGCUGCCACUGCCAGGACCAGAACCACAGCCACCUAACUCCCAGGGCUCACCCACUCCAACCCAGGCUCCGACUGCCAGCCCUGAGAGGAUUGUGUCAGAAGAGCCACAAUGUCAUCACCCUGCCACUUACAGGGUGGAGAAACCGGUCUGGUGGCCUAGGCAUGACCUGGAGGUCCUCACAGCCCACCGAGCCCCUUGCUGUUUCAAUGUCCUCAGUUUGGCGGUGCUAGUGGGGUUAGCUCAGACACCCACCCCAAGUGACAGGGGGAGGACAGGCCCUUGGGCAUGUGUCAUGGAGGAGGGUCACAGUUCUUCCCAUGUCCAUGCCAGGAUUGGGAGUUCAAGGAAGACAAGGUAUGGGUAGCCUCAACACAGGGCUACCUAGACACUCCUCAGAGGCACAGAAGGGCCCGCGCUGCUCAGUAAGUGCCCAGCCAGCCCUGUUAGCCUCAGUCCAAGAGAUCUCAAGCUAACCCAAGAGCCAGUGCUGUUAUCCAGGGUGGCAACUCACAGCUGGGGACUGAGGUGACGAAUUCUGGCCUUGUCUCUCUGGGACAUACGCAGAGAAAAAAAUAAAAAGAAUAUGGACCCCACAAAAAACACCAUGCCACUAUGAGAAGACUAGCGUCUGCGGCCAACAUCCUGUCACGGAAGCAGG